AUGAUGAUGGGAUAUGCGGUUGGUGCAAAUAUCUCUACCAAACAAAUGCUAAGUGGACGCCUUAUUCAGACGAUAGGCAUCUCAAAAAGGCGCACAUUUCACACGUCCUCGCGCAGACUGAAACCCAUUCUUGACCCACGCUUGGAAGACCUUGGCCAUGUUAUCCAUGAUGAGUACUCGGUGAUUCGCGAUAGCUAUGCCGCUCCAAAACACCCAGUCGUUCUCGCCCACGGGUUGCUUGGCUUCGAUGAACUGCGCCUAGCUGGUCCCUAUCUCCCUGGUGUUCAGUACUGGCGGGGUAUUAAAGAGGCCCUCUCCGCUAAAGGAAUUGAUGUCAUCACUGCUACCGUUCCCCCAUCCGCUUCCAUUGAAGAACGUGCUGAGGCAUUAAGACGUGAAAUCGAAGAUGGGGCACGGGGAAAAGAUGUCAAUAUUAUCGCUCAUAGCAUGGGUGGCCUCGACUCCCGAUACAUGAUCAGUCGGCUUCGACUAGAGAAAUUCAAGGUGCUAUCAUUAACAACAAUUGCCAGUCCACAUCGAGGUUCUGCUGUGGCAGAUUACGUCCUCGACCAGAUUGGAGCCGAUCGCCUUCCUCAGAUUUACUACGCAUUGAAUCGGCUAAGUGUCGAAACGGGAGCGUUUGGUCAGCUGACGAGGAAAUACAUGUCCGAGACUUUCAACCCAAAUACGCCGGAUCUGGAAGAUGUUCGAUAUUUUUCAUAUGGUGCAGCAUUUGAGCCUAGCAUCUGGUCCGUGUUCCGCUUAUCUCACAAGAUCCUCGCCCAGAUAGAAGGACCCAAUGAUGGUCUGGUCAGUGUGGCGAGCAGUCAUUGGGGAGGUGAUAAUGGAUAUAAAGGAACUUUGAUGGGAGUUAAUCAUCUGGAUCUUAUCAACUGGAGCAAUCGAUUGAAAUGGCUAGCUGGGGAGGUAAUGGGACAACCACGGAAAUUCAAUGCUAUCGCAUUUUAUCUGGAUAUUGCAGAUAUGUUGGCGAAAGAAGGUCUUUAA